AUAACCUAACUUUUUGAUAAAUUAUUAUUUUGAAUUUUGUAGAUAUCUUCUGAGAAAGUUGCAUAUUAAUCAUAUUAUUAUAGGGAUUGUCACGGUACAUACAAUACAUUUCAUUAUAGCAGGAACUCACGUGAAAUGGAAACACCUGUUCUGAGUAAAACUCAGAAAAAGUUGUCUCUUACUGGAAAAAAAGCAAAGAAGGAAACAAUAAAAAAUGUAGUAGUUGAUCCUCACAAGAGUUAUUGGCCAUUAGUCGAAACUGAAUUGGAUACCUUAACUGUUGUAUUGAAACAGAGUCUUCCUAGAGUCAAAGCAGGAAAAAUUAACGUUCCUUGGAGGCUUUUGAAAGAUAUUCCUAAAGAUAAAAGAAAAAAUAUAAGGGAUAUAUACAUAAGAAAACACCAUCCUGUAGAAAAUAUUAUUAAAAAUGAUCACUUAAUUUUUGGAGUUAAUGAAGUUACAAAAUUACUUGAGUCAGAUUGUUGUUCUGCAGUUUUGGUCGCUGAUAUGAACCCUCGAAUAGUUGUGAAGCAUAUUAUAGAAAUGGCUGUACUGCGAAAAGUACCAGUUUUAGUUGUGUCUACCCUGAAGCAAAUAUUGAAAGAGUGUUGUGGUCUAGAGAGUAUGGCUGUUGGAAUCAAGAAAAAUUUACCAGACUCUUCAAUUUUAAGAAGUAUUGUAGAAAUUGUAGGGAAAAUAAAUGAAAAGUAUCCACCAAGUAUAAACCAUAUAAACUCAAAAAGGAGUAAUAUUUUCCUGGAUAUUGAAGAAAAUGGAAGUCUUAAUAAUGUUCAAACCUCGGAAAAUAAGAAUAAGCAAGAGAAGUCCGUCAACUAUCAUCUUAAGAGACCAUCUGAUGGUCAAAGAGCAUUUGUUCCUGAAUCAAAUGAAGAUGAUCCACAUAAGGUCAUUGGAAUAGAAGCCUGCAGCAUAUCCGAACUAGAUAAUGUGGCAUCAUUAAAGAUGAAAGAUCCGACCUAUGAAAUGGUGAAUCAAGCCAUGAAAAAGAAAAACCUGAAAAAAUCAUACAAAGCUUUAGUUGUGAAGAGAUUGAAAGGAAAUAAAAAUAGACAAAAGGAUAAAACUAAGAAAUCGAAGAAAAAAUGAAUUCUUGUUCAAUCAUUUCUGUACAUUGUAAAUUAUUUUGAAAAAAGUCAUUAAAUAAGCAAUCAGUUUA